UGUUGAGCUGCGAAUAUAUGCAGCUCUUCUCUGUUAUCCCAUCAUCUUAUCAUCCAACUCACUCUAUAUAAACCCUUUUUCUAAUUUCAUUCAACAAGCUAGUUAAUUUCAUUGCUCUAUAUAUAUAUAUACAUAUAUAUAUCGAUAUAUAUAUAUAUAGAGAGAGAGAGAGUUAGCACAAUGACCACUGAUUCUUUGGCUUUAGACCAUGUUCUAGGGGACGUAUUGGAGCCAUUUCGUAGGACGGUUUCUCUUAGGAUCUCCUACAGUAACAGGACAAUGGUUAAUGGCAUGGACCUUCGACCGUCGGCCGUCGCGAUCAAACCUAGGGUUGAGAUCGGCGGCGCCGGCUUCCGAGUGUCUUACACACUAGUGAUGGUGGAUCCUGAUGCCCCAAACCCCAGCAGUCCCACACUGAGGGAGUACUUGCACUGGAUGGUGACUGAUAUUCCCGCAACAACAGAUGCAAGCUUUGGCCGGGAGAUUGUGCGCUACGAGAGCCCACAGCCGGCGAUGGGGAUCCACAGGCUCGCAUUCGUGCUCUACCAGCAGCGCAGUCGCCAGAUGGCUUUCGUCCCUCUGAUGCGCGAAAACUUCUGCACGAGCAACUUCGCACACCAGCAUAACUUGGGCUCGCCUGUCGCGGCUGCGUACUUCAACUGCCAGAGGGAGUCGGGCUCCGGCGGUAGGAGGUUUCGGCAAGCGAAGUAAGCAACGAGUAAGCGUGAGAUAGACUGGAAAAUAUUUCGUCUACUUAUAACGGCAAGCGAAGUAAGCAACGAGUAAGCGUGAGAUAGAGUGGAAAUAUUUCGUCUACUUAUAACGUACGAAUUUCUAUACGUAUGGUGAGAAGAGGAUGCGUACGUAGUAAGGUCAAUAUUAUAAGCAAAAUAUGUACUGUCUUUAUAUAUGUUUGAUGAGAUCCAUGAUCUGUUCCAUUAGAGGAGCAUUUUAUAUAUGUUUUUAUACAUGUAUUAGUUACCGUUGGUGGCCAUGACCAUGUGACGAAGCGUGUAAUUAUUAUGAUGAUUUAUAUUUGGCUAAAAACUUGGUAGA